AUAUUUAAGCAGUAUAGCGACGGUCACACUGAGGCGAAUUGUUUGCGGCACGUGUUGCUGCGAUUUCUGGGAUUUGAAUCGCAAGCAAAAUUGUUAAGUAAAAUGGAUAGUGAAGUGGAUGAUUAUGAGCCCACCGACUCCGAGGAGGAGUACAAUGAGGAGGAACGUGAAAUCUUACAGGAUUAUCGCAAGGAGCGCCAGAGACGCGCCGACAACAAACGCAACCAAAAACAAUCUGUGCUGGCGUUCAGCGAAAGCGACGAUGAUGAUGACGAUGAGGAAGAGGAUCCUUAUGCGGCACAACGGGCGCAAAGAAAAGCCAAAAAGUCCAAGCGCAAGACUGCAGCAGCUGGCAAUGAUGAUGACGAUGACGACGAAGACGAUGUGGCGCAAUUGAUGCGAGACAGCGACAUCGAAGGCGCCGAAGACGACGAUGGCGAUCUGCCCGAUACUAUGGACUGGGGCACCAACAAGCGAACGUAUUAUAAUACCGAUUUCGUGGAUCAAGACUACAGUAGCUACAAUGCACAGGAGGAGGACAUGGCCAAGGCCGAGGAAGAGGAGGCCAAAAAGAUACAAUUGCGUCUGGCCAAACAGCUAAACGAAGCCGACUUCCAGCUGGACGACAUGAUGGAAUCCAGCAGCGUCAAGCAAAGCGCACAAAAAGCAGCCAAGAAGUCGACCACAAAGUCCAGCAUGGAGACCAUCAAGGUGACCACAGAUCUGGCCGGUCUGGGGAAGCGUGAACGCUUACAACUGCUGCAAAAGGAUUCACCCGAAUUCCUGGGCAUCACACAGGAAUUCAAGAGGCAGCUGCACGAGGUACAAAAGCUAACAGCGCCCGUCCUCAACUAUGUGCGGCAUCAUCAGGUGCCUGUGGUGCCAGCUUUGCAAUUCGCCCAGCUCUAUCAGAGCGUGCUCCUCAGCUACUGCUCCAACGUCAGCUACUAUUUGCUGCUAAAAGCAACGCGCAGCAAUGUCAAGUAUCAUCCGGUGGUCAAGCGUCUGGUACAACUGAAGCAGCUGCGCGAACAGCUCGCCGAGCGUUAUGUGGAGUUCAUAGAGCCACAGCUGGAGGCGUUGCUGGAGCGCAUCCAGGAUGGCGAUGCAUUCACAGUGCUCGAUGUGGCGCAACGCAAGGCCAAGCUGCAGAUACUCGACAAGUACAACGAGACGUCAGCAGAGCAGAAGCAAGAACAGCAAGUGGCUGCGGCGGCGGAGGAGGAGGUAGAAGACGACGACGAGGAGACGGAUGACGAUGACAAAGAUGAAGAUGAGGACGCGGCGGAGUUGGCGCGUCGUGGCAUCACCUAUCAAAUGGCCAAGAACAAGGGCCUGACGCCGCAUCGCAAGAAGGAGCUGCGCAAUCCGCGUGUCAAGCAUCGCGGCAAAUAUCGCAAGGCGCUCAUCCGACGCAAGGGCGCCGUCCGAUCUGUGCGCACCGAGGUCAAGCGCUACGGCGGAGAGGUGUCCGGCAUCAAGGCGGGCGUCACUAAGAGCGUCAAGUUCCGAACGUAGUUUAAAAUCGUUUACUAUAUAUAUUAUAGUACAUAUAAUAAGUAGAAAGUCUGUAAACUGCAUAUUAAAAAGGAUAAUGUUGUGA